GCUUUGUUGUCGUACGUGCGCCGACAGCGGAGCUGAACAACCGGGGGAAGCUACCUGCUAAAAACCAACACAACAAGAUGGAGGUGGAGCAGAUUCUGUCUCUGUCAGGCCCAGCUCUGGCCCAGGCUGUCAGCUCUCUGUUGGAGACGCCAGGACUCUAUGUUUUCUCUGACAUCCUGGAACUGCCAAACGUCAGAGAGAUGGAGAAUGGCCCUCAUGCACCGGUGUAUCAGCUCCUGAACCUCUUUGCCUAUGGAACCUACUGCGACUACAAAGAGAGAGAAGCCUCUCUUCCGGAGUUGACCCCAGCACAGAGAAACAAACUGCGUCAUCUGUCAAUCAUUAGCUUGGCUUCCAACCUCAAGUGCCUGCCAUAUUCGCUGCUCCUUGAGCAGCUUGAGCUGAAGAAUGUGCGGGAACUGGAGGACCUGUUGAUUGAGGCCGUUUACUGUGACAUCAUCCAGGGCAAACUAGACCAGAGAAACCAGCAGGUGGAGGUAGACUGCAGCGUAGGUCGUGACCUCGGCCCCAACGAGCUCCCAAACAUAAUCAACACACUGCAGGAGUGGUGUACAGGGUGUGAAGCUGUGCUUUGUGGUAUUGAGGAACAGGUCUCGAGGGCAAACCAAUAUAGAGAGAGCCAAUUAAAGGUCAAAGUCCAAGUGGAAACAGAGGUGUCAAACUUGCAGAAGACGUUAAAGGCCAGCGCGGCCUCUCCAUCAUCAGGCCCCGCCCCUGCCGGAGCUGCGUCCAAUCAGGACGCUGACCAGCCUGCCGAGCCACGAGACCCCGCCUCCUCCCAGGAACCACGGCAGCCGGGCAAAAAGAGUUCAAAGGUGAAAGGGCUGCGCGGCAGUGGGAAGAUCUGGUCCAAGUCUAACUGAGGACAACUGGGAUGUGGGGGACAGCAACACUGAUGGACACUUGCUUAUUUACGGACACAUUGGUAUGUUGUUGGACAGAGGAAUACUUUUAGGUAAUGAGACAUUUCUUCAUGGAUACCCUCUUCACUUGUACGUCUGCAAUACAACCGCAGAGCUUCACCGGAAGCGUUUCCUUGUCAGUGAAUCUCAACUUUCAGAAACACGUCUGACUUGUGGAUGAAACAGGUGUGACAUUCAUUCUCGCAGUUGUCAAAAGCCUGACAGGCAGACUGUCGGUGUAAAUACACAGCGCUUGUAACACAGGAAGACAGAAUAGCCUGAAGAAGGAGCCGGUUGCUUUAGAUCAUAAACAAGAUCAGUGUUUUUGACGCUUAGGUUUGUGUGUAUCUCUGCUCUUUCGGUUUAGAUUAACUCUAUGUUGCUUUGUGAUUCUUUUUUUUCCCCCUUUAUGCUGAGUUGACGCUUGUACAAAAACAGAAUAAAGAAUUUCAAGAAAAUAAAA